GGUCUCGUCAGCUGACCACCACUCAAAACGCUUCACGUGUUCUCACCGGCGCAAGAUAACCUUAUCGGCUCACCAUAAUUCAAUCACUCCCUCUCUCUCUCUCUCUCUCUUCUCUCUCUCUGUGAUAAUUCAAACAUCCCACGCCCCAUUCCUCUCUCUCUCUCUCUAGCAAACAAUGGAGUCGCGAGUGCUGUCUGGCGCCACCACCGUCUCCGCCGGCAUCCCCCGCCUGUCGAAGCCGGCGAGGCUGAACCCCACCUGCUUCGCGGCCGUGAGGCUCGCCGGAGCCGUUGAUGGCUUCGGCGGAAAUCUCAUCUGGGGGAGGCAGCUACGGCCAGCUAUACUCCUCGAGAGCUCGUCGCCUUUGGCUUCCAGUGUUCCGGUGACGAAGCGCGAGAUUCUCCGGCCGAGCCUUGCCGCCGCGUCGUCGCCGGCAGAGGGCAGCGAUUCCUCCGGGGAUGCUAAGGUCGGGUUUUUGGAGAAGUACCCAACACUUCUUACCGGGUUCUUCUUUUUCAUGUGGUACUUUCUGAACGUGAUUUUCAACAUACUGAACAAGAAGAUCUACAAUUACUUCCCAUACCCCUAUUUUGUGUCAGUUAUACAUUUGGGCGUUGGUGUGGUGUACUGUUUGGUGAGCUGGGCUGUGGGCCUUCCUAAGCGCGCUCCAAUGGACUCAAACCAACUGAAGCUGCUCAUUCCCGUCGCUGUGUGUCAUGCUUUAGGCCAUGUAACCAGCAAUGUUUCAUUUGCAGCAGUUGCUGUCUCAUUUACUCACACAAUCAAAGCCCUGGAGCCUUUCUUCAAUGCUGCUGCUUCUCAAUUCAUACUUGGACAGCAGAUACCCCUGACUCUAUGGCUAUCACUGGCUCCGGUUGUUCUUGGUGUUUCAAUGGCUUCAUUGACUGAGCUGUCAUUCAACUGGUUGGGAUUCAUCAGUGCGAUGAUUUCCAACAUCUCCUUCACUUACAGGAGUAUAUACUCGAAGAAAGCUAUGACUGAUAUGGACAGCACUAAUUUGUAUGCUUACAUUUCCAUUAUUGCCCUCUUUGUCUGCAUUCCACCUGCCAUCAUUUUCGAAGGACCUCAACUUCUCAAAUCUGGGUUUAGUGACGCCAUUGCUAAAGUAGGGCUAACAAAGUUCAUCACAGAUCUGUUUUGGGUGGGAAUGUUCUACCACCUCUACAAUCAGUUAGCAACGAAUACCCUUGAGAGGGUGGCACCUCUUACGCAUGCAGUUGGCAAUGUGUUGAAGCGUGUUUUUGUGAUUGGCUUCUCAAUCAUCGUCUUUGGUAACAGGAUUUCAACACAAACUGGCAUUGGAACAUGCAUUGCGAUUGCUGGAGUGGCUAUCUACUCGUUCAUUAAGGCCAAGAUGGAGGAGGAGAAAAGGCAAAUGAAAUCGGCAUGAGAGAAAACAACACAUCCACGUGGAGGGAUCUUUGUUGUGGAUGUACACGCAUUUCCAUCCAACAGAUAGAGAUGAUGAAUCCAGUAUUCCACCAUCUCUUUGCGAAGUUAUCUUUUUGCUCGAAUUUCUUCAAUUCAAAGUACAAACAACUGAUAAACUGUGAUGAUCUCAUGUUUACUAGAAAUAAAAUGAUGUAUCAUCUCUGUUUUUCCAUCAUCUCGUCUAUUAAAAGCUCUGUCGGAAGUUAACGGAAUCUCUUUGAUAAAUUAUGUUAAUAAUAUUGAUCAUUAUGUGCA